UUCCUGCUCUCUCUGUCAAAUAAAUAAAUAAAAUCUUAAAAAAAAAGAAAUGAUGAGGCCCUCUCCAGGCCGCCCACUUGCUCUGGCCAGUGUCGGCACUCUGGGGUCCUUGGGAAGACUCCCUACAAGGAGUCCGCGCGCGGUCAAGUGGACCGCGGCGGGGGUGGGGGGUGGCUGGACACAGUGCUUGAGCGCCUCCUCUGUUGUGGGACAGGUGGCACUGCCUUUGGUUCUCAGUAGGGGAGAAAGACCCGACCGAGUCGCUGCCGGCCCUGGGGGCCUCAUAGAGCCUCCAGCCCCGACUCGCAUUGGUCCCGCCUUGCCCACGCCCUAGGGUGACCCCGCCCCUUCCGGUCUCACAGCUCCUCGGUCCGGUCUCACAGUUCCUCGGUCCCGUCUCACCUUCACUCGCGGAGUAAUCUUAGCCCCGCCCCCAAAGUCUUGUAGGUCUUUGCUGUUGGUUCUCUCUAGCUCGCCGCGAAGCGACCCGUUCCUCAUUGGCCACACGUUCUCCCGCGCCACCACGACAGCCAUCACAACAACCGCCACGUGCUCACCCGUGGGGCCUGCUCUUUGGUCCCGAGUCCCGACCCGCCCACUCCCCUGUCCCGCCCCCGGCUUCCCGCUUCCUCCUAUUGGUUACCGGGCCCCGGACUCCUCCCUCGGCCCCGGGCGCGCUGCGCCUCCGACGCGGAUUGGCCGAAUUCGGGAGUGAGGCGGGGUUUGGAGGCGGGUUAAAGAGCGCGCAGCAGGUUGCGCCACGCGUGUCAGAGAAGUUUCAAUGGCGUGGCAGGGGCUGACGGCCGAGUUCCUGCAGGUGCCCGCGGUGACGCGGGCCUAUACCGCGGCCUGCGUCCUUACCACCGCUGCUGUGCAACUGGAGCUCCUCAGCCCCUUCCAGCUCUAUUUCAACCCGCACCUCGUGUUCCGGAAGUUCCAGGUCUGGAGGCUCGUCACCAACUUCCUCUUCUUCGGGCCCCUGGGAUUCAGCUUCUUCUUCAACAUGCUCUUCGUGUUCCGCUACUGCCGCAUGCUGGAGGAGGGUUCCUUCCGCGGCCGCACGGCCGACUUCGUCUUCAUGUUUCUCUUCGGGGGAAGCCUCAUGACCCUGCUGGGGCUCCUGGGCAGCCUGUUCUUCUUGGGCCAGGCCCUCACAGUCAUGCUGGUGUAUGUAUGGAGCCGCCGCAAUCCCCGAGUGAGGGUCAACUUCUUCGGCCUCCUCACCUUCCAGGCACCAUUCCUGCCCUGGGCACUCAUGGGGUUCUCUCUGCUGCUGGGCAACUCGAUUCUCGUGGACCUGCUGGGGAUUGCUGUGGGCCACAUUUACUACUUCCUAGAGGAUGUCUUCCCCAACCAGCCUGGAGGCAAGAGGCUGCUGCUGACCCCCAGCUUCCUGAAGCUGCUACUGGAUGCCCGACAGGAGGACCCCGAUUACCUGCCCCUCCCGGAGGAGCAGCCAGGACCCCUGCAGCAAUGACCCUACCCAGGGCCAGGGCCAGCCCCAGCCCCAGCGGCCUGUUUUCCUGGCCUCUGGCAGGCCUCCAUUCCACCCCUAACUCCCGCUUACAGGACAGCAACCUGUCCUGGAGAUGGGGCUGGUGCCCAGGGCCUGCCCAAAUAAACAGAAUGACCUGCAUCUCUUUGCCCACAGCACUGGCUCCCUGCCUUGGCUGGCCACAUCCUUCCACACUGGGCAGGUGUUGCUGGCCUUGACCUAGGGCCACCAAGCCUGGUCUGCCCUCUCAGACCAAUUGUAGGUGGUAGGAUGAGAAGCCCAGAGGGGGUCAAGAACCUGCCCACAGUUGCCCAGCAGCUUUGAGCUCACAGAUGGCAUACUCGGGGUUCUCAAUCCAGCUUUGUCAAUGCCUUAAUGGAGUCUUGGGCAAAUCCUACCUGCACUGAUCUCUGCUCAGGGCCAGGCAGCAAGGGGCUGGCCAGGUCUCAUUGGCUGGGGCCAGGACCGGGAUGUCCCUGUCAUGCCAAGCCCAGUUUGCAGGGGCUCCUGCCCAUGGUACCCUCAGGCUGAUGCCUCACUUGGCUCCUCCUGUCCCUCAGUGGCAACAAGUGGACUUUUGCCCCACUUUCUAGCUGAGCAGUCAAUGGACGUGGCCAAGGCUCCAUGGGGUCAGGUGCGGCAGAGGGCCAGGACCAGGUCCUCGGCCCUUUCUGCAAUCCCAAAGCUUUGAAAACUUUUCACCUCGGCAGAGUUCUACAAAGCUCUCUCCCUUAUAUUUUUAGCUGAGAACCAUGGGAGCCUGAUCUGAUCCCACAGCUCACUUUUUUCUUUGGUAAAGUGGGCACCAGACACCCUGGCCAACUUGACCUCAGAGUUCCAGUUGGAACUCUGGUUUAUUCCUGGAUGAUGAGCAGCAUAGGGGCUCCUCCAGCCGCAGGCUGUCACAUUCAUGGAUGGCCCAAGUAUUCACCAUGGAGUCUAAGUUUGUAGGGAACCGUGUGGAGUCACAGCUUGCUCUGCAGUGCUCCAAGGGAGCGCUCAGCCCCUGGGCGGGCCUGGUGGGCUGACCUGCCCAGACGGGCUGAGGCGGGCAGUUUCACUCCAUCCCACCAGUUGUAGGGGCACAUGGACCAAGCAAACCCUUCAGCAAUGGAGCCCACUUAUCUCCAAGGCCAGCGGAGCCUGGGCUUGGAAUCUUCCUCUUUGUUCAGGGCCUUCCAGUGAAGCCCAACCACCUCCUUGCUGUGGAGCUCCAGCAAGUUACACUCCUGGAUGAAGGGCAAGGGGCUUGAGUACAAACUUCCUGGGAGGUAGGAGCCGUUAUGUCCCAGGACAUGUUCAUGGGACCCCCAGCCCAGAGGGCCAGGCCCAUCUAACCCUAUUAUCCUGGCAAUCAAGACCCCAAUUCCUACUCAAGAGCUCUGCCCUUGGCCAGUCUGGGGCUCAGGUUGGAAGCCAGGUGGCAUGAUGCUCCUGCCAUGCUCCUGGGGAGCAGAGCAGCCCUGACCUGACAGGGGACACCUGGCAGCAGCUGAAGGCACCAGCCCAGAGCUGGGGGUCUGUUCUCUUCGGUAAGACUGCAGCUGUGUGCCCAAUUCACCAAGCACUGCUCGGCUCCACGAGGAGACCCACACAUGCCACCCGCACGCAGCCCACAUCCCUUCUGUAGAGUGGGGACACUUCCACAUGAGACAAGGAUGCAGACGGGGCAAGCAGCUCACUGGAGGCAGAGGUGAGGAGAGGCCCAGGGCUACGCCUUCUUCUCAACACACCACAUCCCCCCACGGCUGGCCCUAGGCAGGCGUGCUGCUCCACGCGCCUCAUUCUUCACAACCGACCUGAGAGAGAAGAGCUGGCCUGGCCCAUGGUGCCAGCCAGGGGUGCAGCUGGAAGAGCCAAGCAUGGGCCCUCAGGCACCCAGGCUGCUGACACCCCUGUAGCACCCACAAAGGACAUGGCUGCUGCAAAGGACUCCAGAGAAGCAAUGCUCCGGGGCGGGGCGGGGGGGGGGGGGGAGCGACAACAGUCUGGACACAGCAGAGCCCAAGGACAGCAGGAAAGCCUAAGCAGCUUCACAAGGCCAAGCAAAGGAGGCGUGGUGGGGCUGUCACUGCAAGGUAAGUGGGCCUCCUGCCCUCUGAGCCUUGUGACCUCACUUCUGUCCAUCGGUACGAGGACGGCCCAGGUGGCAGGUGGAGGGCCUGAGGAAAAGCACGACUGCUGCCGUUGGCCUUGGAUGCAGCCUUAUCAGCCCCGGCCUGCCCAGAUGGGGCUCUGAGGCACAGAAGGGCAAGAGGCCUGGCAUGCCAACCUUGGCCAUACACCACCCCAGCCAGACCCUGCUCCUCGUCCCUUCUUAUUUUUAUGCUACCACUUUGAAAAAAUGGAA